AUGGCAUCCCGUGACAGUCGGCGCGGUGGACGUUCCUGGUUGUGGACGGGCGGUGUGCUCUUUGUAGGCGCUGUUUCAGUCGGUACGGUCGUGUGGCGGCGGUGGUUGGAGCGGCGGGUCCGAGAGAGGGAGGCUGCUGCUGUGAUGAGGGUGAAGGUCAGGGACAGGUUUGAGGCGACGCAGAGGGAAGUUGUUGCCGCGGUGAGGGCUCUGGUCCCCGUGUUGGAGGAUUGUGUAGCGUGGGGUCCCUGCGGCGGUGCCGGCGAUGCGGAGGGUCCCCUGCCGCUGGACGUCGAGGCGCUGUUUGCACAGUUGAAGAGGGCCAGGGCCGUGGGCGGCGGCGGCGGCGGCGGCGGUGAUGUGUUGAAGAACGAGCUGUGGGAAGAAUUGAAGCUUGCCGCGGUGAUGAAGCUCGUUAUGGUCGCGUAUACGGUCUCCGCGCUGACUUUGCUCACGAAGGUGCAGUUGAACUUGCUCAGCAGGAGACAGUACUUUGAGUUGCUCGCUGAGGUUACGCGAGGGGAAGACAGUGGGUCGUGGUCUUCUACAGUGGCUUCGUGGGUAUGCAAUUGGCGCCGUGGCAGUGAGCCUGCCUCCACAAUGAGUGCAGACUCUGCAGGUGAUGAGCACCGCUACGCGAACGAGAGGGCGUUCCUGUCGCUGUCCUGGUGGACGAUCAACCGAGGAUGGUCGUCCCUGCACUCUGCCGUGGAGACCGCAGUCGCCCGCGAGUUUGGUGACGUGCCCGUCCGUGGGACACUCGCUUUGGAUGAGUACGCACAGCGGUUGUCUCGUGUGUUCCAACACUGCAACGGGCUGUUGCUUGAAAGGGGGGCAGUCCCAUUUCAAGGACCGAUACUUGGGUCACUGUUGCUGCCAGAUGACACGAUGCAGUCGUUCGUGUUGGCGCAGACUCUCGAGGAGACAACUCUCGGGAAGUUAGAGCAAGAUGGGGACACACUAUUCGAGCAGCUCGUCGCGGAGACCCGUGGUAUAGUGAACCAAGCGACUGGGCAAGACGGUGACGCGGCGAUUGUGUUCGAGCAGCUUGUGCAGGAGUCGUACCAGUACAUCCUGGAGUGUAUUGCGCAGGGAAUUGCCAAGAAGAACAAGAGACCGGAGACUGGUGGAGACACUGUCAACGCGGGCACCACCACCAGUGCACAGAUGGCCGUGUUUGCCGUAGUGGGCAAGGAAGUGUGUCGUGGGCUGCUCGACACAGCGGUGGUUCCUGGGCCGAACCCUGGUCCCAGUCCCGCAGCGUCCGCGGACCAAUUGCUCGCGCGGCUGGACAGCCUCCCACAAUUGGAACAACUCGGCGCAGCUGUCUUCACGGGCACAGACCAACACCACCAGCGGUAA